AUGGUAAAAGAUUGCUUGGAUUAUGCUCGAAGAUGUGAAUCAUGCCAAUUUCAUGCUAACUUUAUGCACCAACCUCCUGAUGUAUUACAUCCGACUGUCGCAUCUUCGCAAUUUGAUGCUUGGGAUUAUUUCUCAAAAUGGUCUGAUGCGGUAGCCCACAAAGAAGUAAAGAAGGAAAAUGUUGCAAACUUUUUGAAGGUGAAUAUCAUUUAUCAUUUUGGCGUUCCUAGUUAUAUACUAACGGAUAAUGGAAAUCCAUUGGCCAAUAAAUUGAUGGAUAAUAUCUGCAACCUUUUUGGUUUCAAGCACAGUAAUUCUUCAAUGUAUUAUGCUGCUGCAAAUGGUAUAUCUGAAGCAUUUAACAAGAUCCUGUGCAAAUUGUUAAAGAAGGUUGUCUCCAAAUCGAAAGAGAUUGGCAUGAUAUAA